AUGUUGAUAAUUUUCUUUCCGCACUUAUCUUUAUUCCAUUUUACUCAAAUAAAUGAUGAACAACUUUAUUAUUUAGCUAAUUUAGAUUCUACUGUUCGUUUUAUUGAACUUUUACAAGAUCACCAUCUUAAUUUAUCACCUAAUGAUUUUUCAUUAUAUAUACAUGGUGAACCAGUAUUACCAUUAAAAUUUGUUUCUCUAUUUGAUUCAUCAUUACCAAAUGAAUCAAAUAAUCAAGAAUUACGAAAAAGAUUUAUUCUUUAUCAUGAACUUGAUCAUCAUUGUGAAAAAUUUGAUGAAAAUCUUUUGAAUUUUAAUAGAUGUUUAACACAAACACUUAUUGAAUUUGCACGUGAAACUCGUUGUCUUGCUUUAUUAGAUGUACAAAAAAAACCAUUAGAUGAUCUCAAACAUUCACUGCAACAAAUCUAUGGCAAAGAUUAUUGCCGUAUUUAUACUUAUCAUCAUGAUCUUAGUGAUUUGAAUUCUCUUAAAUACACAAUAACAGCUAUUUGCGAAGAAUUGAGUAACAAUAUUUUAGUAUUGAUCAAUUGUGCUGCUCAUUUCAAAGAUAUUAUGUCUCAUACAGAUACUGCAUAUCAAUAUACAUUUAUCCUCAAUACACUUGUUCCAAUACUUAUUACAAAAUAUUUACUUGAUGAAAUGAUAGCUCGUAAUCAUGGACAAAUUUUUAAUAUUCUCAGUAGUGAAGCAUUAAAUGGAGAUGCUUUUAUUUCAACAUAUAUUCAUCUUCAACAGCAGCUUUAUUUAGCAACUCGUGUUCGAACUAUAGCUAUUUUACCAUUUUAUCUUAAUGGUGGAAUCUAUACAACAUUAUAUAAAUGGUAA